AUGAGGGAGGUCGAUCCCCAAUACGGGAAGGACACAAAUAACACAAAAAAUACUAAAAAAGGCUUUCGAGCUCGAUUUACAGAGGAGGAAGACAAGCUACUGAAGGAAUUAGUUAUUAAUAAAAAAAAUACUUCAUGGAAAGAAAUAGCAAGCCAUUUACCUGGAAGAACUGCAUGCCAAUGUCGCGACAGAUAUAACCAAUACCUUUUCAAAGAAGUUGUAAAUAAGCCAUGGACUGCAAGUGAGGACCAAAUAAUUGUUGAAAAAUAUCGUUUAUUUGGUCCUCAUUGGGUGAAAAUAUCACAAUUUUUGCCAGGACGAAGUGGUAAUAAUGUUAAAAAUAGAUGGAAUUGCGCUUUAACAAAAUAUCACGGAAUUUCUUAUACAUAUGCUAAACAAGAGAGAAGAUCUAAAAAGGAUAAAUGGAAUAAAGAUGACGAGGAGACUGUAACUCAAAUCCAAGUCGCCCCUGAUCAAUGUACCACCUUAAUUGAUCAGAUGACUGAUUUCAUGAUGAAAAAGGUUAACGAGCAAAAUGAUCUUUUUGGAUCAAUUGACGAGUAA